AUGAUCCUAACGGCUCGCCUCUCCCUUAUCACCUACCUCCUCACCCUGAUCGUUCCCGCCAUCGCGGUCCCAGUCGCCCAUGGAGACAGCCCAGCAUCAAUUGGCGCGCCGAGUCUCUCAAGCGCUGCCACUUCAUCACACUGGCACAAGCCCUCAAGCGUAGCUUUGGCGGCGACUCCCACUGCCACUGUGGCGGCCUACGCGUGCCCGGAUAAGCAGUUCAAGCGGUGCUGCCAAUCUGUCGAGAGCGCGUCCAAGAGCCUCAUUUCCCCGCUGGGCAAGCUGUUUCCUAUGCUCAAUGGUCUUCAGAUUAGUUCGGAGAUUAACUUUCAAUGCAACCCAAUGAAAGACGACGCAUACCCCGACUCAUGCACAAACGGCGCAGCUGCCAUGUGCUGCGAUAGUAAGGCCGAGGAUUUCAAUUCGUGCAAGCCCUUCGAGCAGGCGAAGGAGAAGGCCGAGAUGGAGGCUCUGGGGGAGCAUCCUGAGAGCCAGGUCGACACGAUCAAUGAUGCUUUGUCGUGA